UUACAACUUGGAAACAACAGAGCCUCAUUCCAACCAGAGACAGUGUCCUUUUAGAGAACGCUCUUUCAGGCCACACCAUGAUAUCACUCGCUGUUUUGCUGGGCGUGAAAGUUUCGAGUAUCUGUUUAUUAAAUACCAGAGUUUAUAGGCAGUUGGGUGCGUGCAUACUGGUUGUUACGUACUGUUAAACCGUUAAACGCCGGAGUGGAACAACCGCCGACUAGUGUUCGUGUUUUUAACGUCUGUGUGAGAACAUUUCGACAAAAAAAGGUAAAAAUGCGAGAUUAGACUACGGAAUACGGUGCCUUUUAUUCGCAGGAGGACAAAUGGAUCAGCCGGAGGAGGAGCUACAGCAGAUUGCCAAAUGGCUCUGUGAGGAGGGACUUCCUCCUGGCUCCCCCAAGGAGGUUCAGCUGUGUGUGCUUUGGCGUGCCCUCCAACGCACAAGAAGCCGUCUAAGCAGUGUGACACGGGACCUGGACAGGCAGCGCUUACAGUACUCAGCAGAGUUGACAGAUGUCCGCAAGUCAUUGGAGCAGAUCCGAAUCUUUACAGAGCACAAAGACGUUCUGGCUCAGGAGAUACAAGAUGAAAAUGAUCAGCUCAAGGACCAGCUUCGGCGUUUAAUAUCCCUUCAAGAUGCCCAGAUAAGCGAGGUGGCUAAAAUGCUGUACCAGCAGGGUCUCACAGAGUUGAUUCACAGCAGCCCAAGUGAACAAGUGGCCUACCUCCUGGUGGAGAGAGCUUCCUUUUUUGAGACAAGUGAAGCCCCAAUUCACCUGAAAGGACACACAAGCAGAGGGGUGGUUGAUGUCAAAUCUGAACGGCAGUGCAUAAAUACACACCAGUCACCCCACAAGGGGGCAGUACGUCAUCAUCAGAACCCAUGGAAGAGGCUCUUUGGGCUGCACAAAGCAUCUCAGAGCAAGCAUACUUUCAUCCCAGCCGAGGCCAGGCAUUUGGCUGGCCAGGCAAGCAGCAUGCAGAGGGAAUGUUCCCGUCUGGAGCGUGAUUUGGAGGAGGGCUCCCGUCGGCUGGCUAUGGCCCACAAUGAGAUCAGGCAUUUGACUGAUGAGCUAGAGUCUGCUCAUUUGACCCAACGAGCUUAUGAGCCUGAGCUACAGGCAGCACAGCAGGAGGUAGAGCAACUCCGACAGGAAGUUGAGAAACUAAAGAAAUAUGAAAUGGUAGAACUGCGAAAGACCAAAGAGCUGAAUGAUCGCCUGGACCUUGAGAUCAGAGCCCUGAGGAACAGGGUACGCACUCUGGAUGCUGAGAAAAACUCCCUGCAGCAGAAGGUGGUGUCCCUUCAGAGGGAAGUAGAGAGGCUGCAGUCUUCCCUGCAGGAGCAACGGCAGCCUACACAGCAGCUCCUCACUAUGCAGGUCCAGGGCAACCCGGACAAAGAGCUGGCUGAAAUUUUUCUGCAGAAGGAGAUGGAGCAGCUGGGAUCAGCCCCGAGGGAGCAGCUCCAGACUGCGGAGAUUCAGACAGAAGAGUUAACAAAAUCACAAGAAGCAGAGCUGGUACAGAUUGAACCAACCUGCAGAAAAUUGCAAGAGGAACUCGAUGCUCAGAAAAGAUGUCUCGUGGAAAAGGAGGAAACUGUGAGUACAUUAAAAUGGGUUAUUUCUCUGCAGAGGGAUGUGGAGCGGCUUCAGUCUGCCCUGCAGGAGCAGCAGCUGCAUACUAAGCAGAAACUCCUCACUGUGCAGGCUCAGGCCAGCCAGGCUAAUGAGUUAGCUCAGAGCACUGAGAUCUGCAAAGAUUUACAAAAUAAGCUUGACCUUCAGUCCAGAUGUCUUUUGGAAAAGGAGUCAGAGAUACAUACACUUAAGCAGCAGCUAGACGAUUCCCAAAAAGAACUGGACAAAUUAAUGGCCACCAUUUUCACGACAGAGAAAAAUCUUCUGAAUAGCAGACUUGAAGAGCAAUGGACACAAAUACUCCUCCUGCAAAAUAAGGAAAACACAAAACCUAAGGACUUCCCUGAAUUUAAAGAGGCAGUGAAGAUUCUUUUGGCCACCCAGGAUGAAUGUGAGACACUUAAAAAGGAAAUCUGUGAAACCCUUCAGUGUCUGGACAAAGAGAGGAGCAAGUACCAUGAGAUCAAGGAAAAGCACAGGAUCAAACUGCUUCAAGUUAAACAGAAACUUAAUGAUGAAACUACAAGGCGUGAUGAGAAGAUUCAUAAUCUAGAGCGGGAGCUUUCUUUGUGCUCCCAUUCAUUAGCAAAGGAGAAAGAAGUAACCAUGAGUAUAGCUGUGGAAAAUGACAAACUACUUGUUGAGAGGAGAAGGUUGCUACAACAGCUGAAUGAAGAGGAAAACAACAAGAAAGACUGUAAUCUAACAGCUUCUUUGUCUAAAUGCAGGGUGGAUUUUCUAGAGAUGGAAAACAAGAAACUUGGAAACAAAAUACUCCACAUGUCCACCCAGCUUGCUGUCCUGGAACGCAGCCUGCAGAACAUGCAGACACUUCACCUUAAUGAGGAGCUGAAGAAAAGAUCUAAUCCUGUGCAGGUUUUAAAAUCUCUCAGUUUGCAAGCUUCAAGACCCCUGACCCGAGCCUCAGAGAUGGGCUACUUGAAUGUGACUUCCAACCAGAGCCUCUCAGACCACACCAUUCCCUCAGCUAGCCUCAGCAGCUCAGAUAGAACCUGCUCCUGAGAUCUUCUGUAACUGCAACAUAAACUGUACAGACACUAUUUUAUUUGUAAGUAAAUAUCAUUAAUGUAACAGAGUAUACUCCCUUUCUCUGCCUCUCCUUUGUCUUAUGACUUCAUUUUUAUGCUCUCACUGAACAUAAGACCUCUCUGAAACAUCUCAGAUCAGAGUGUCUUGGAUAUAUUUAAAAGACUUAUACAGAACAGAUCAACGUACUUUAGUUGUUUAAAGCAAUACCUAAACUUUCCUUCAUCACCAAACUGUGCCUGACUAAAACAUUUACAACAUGAAAAAUUUUCUCAGGUAAACAAAAUCUUUCCACACACAACAGAACCUUCACAUAUUCCAUUUUAAGGUUUACCACACACCAUAAUGAGUUUGAUUAAUCUCUAAACUGUCAUGCUUACCUGUGUACAAACUAAAAUGAGUCAUUUAGCACAGUUUGUUGACUCUAAAUUAUCCUGAAUCAAAUCAUGCUUGCGUGCAGCGUGUGGUUGCCUUUUUUGUAUUUAACCAUUUAAAGAUGUAUUCUUAGCACACCUAUGUCCUGUCAACAUAAUACGUUUUACAUCUCAACAGCUUUUAAAACAAAAGUCUGUGAGUAAAUUAAAGCAACCCAGCCUGACAUGUGUACUUGGAUGUCAAAGUUGCUUGUCAGUAUUCAUCUUUCCCUUUAUCUCAAAUAGAGUUGUUCCGAUACAGAUACCAGUAUCGGAAAUACAUCCGAUACUGCUUAAAAUGAAGGUAUCGUAUCGGCGAGUACACAAGUUUAUGCACUGAUCCGAUAUCGUUUGGUUUAACUUUAUAGUUUGCUUCAUUUUGCCAUGCUAAUUGUUAGCGCUAUAAACCGGAAAUAGUUUUUUCUUUGGUGCCAGCCUUCCGUUUUGAGCGCAGCAGCACAACCAAGGGACCUGCUGCAGCUGCAAGGAAUACAGGCUGUGUGACAGUUUUUCUCUGAAUGAGAAAAAAACGCCUUUAAAACGCCUUUCAGACUGGCGAUCUCGUACAAGACAUGAAAUGACACCGUGUAUAAAAAGUUAAAUAACUUUUGAACCGUAAAUUGUUACCUCUUGUUUUCCUCUUGAAUCUAGACGUUUUGUUUUCACAUUCACACUAUUGAUGCCUCUGAAUUCCGUAUGGCAGCGUUCUCAGCGAGCCUGGAACUCAUGUGUGUUUUGGGGACUUUAAUGAUUAAAUCCACACCAGUAAAUCUGAUAUUGAAUGUCUUUUUAUCCAUUUUAAUCUAAUUAUGAUCAUUUAUUACCACUAGCUCGAAUGCUAACCACCAUGUUGUUUCUCUCUCAGUGUCUGUCAGCCAAUAGCAGGCUGUUCCGUAAUCAUGUGAUGCUGCAAAAAGUAACAGAAAGGAGAGAGAGCGUUCUAUGCACUUGAUGAUUUAUACAACUGUAUACGUUUAGUACAUAUCUGUUAUCAACAAUUGUUAAUCUGCGAGUUGUAAAUUUUAGAUUGUAUUUGGAAAAGUGCACUAAAGUUUGUGUUUAAAAAAAGAGAGAGAGAGAGCCUGUGAUGCAGCCCCCUGUAUUAUUAUUUUAAUAUUUAGCAGCAAAACUCAAUAAUCAGCAGGAAAACAACUUUAGGGUCACAGAGACACUUUACAUUUACAAUUCUAAUAGUUAAGCCAUGUUCUAAGUCAAAUAUAGCCUAGAUCUAAAAUAAUUUGUGAGUCUGAUCAGUCAUUUCAGAUAGUUCAGACUGGUAUUGGCUUGGCCGAUACCCAACACCUUGGUAUCAGUAUCGUAUCAGGAGGGAAAAAAUGGUAUCCUAACAUCCCUAAUCUCAAACAAUCAUGCACACACAAUAAGCAAAAAAGCUACAUGUAUAAAUAAAUUUCCAAAAGUAUUCGCUCACCUGCCUUGACUCGCAUGUGAACUUAAAGGUGCUGUGUGUAAAACUGAAUAUCAACAUCUAGAAGUGGGUUCCAAAUUGCAUUUCUCUGCUGUAAAC